AUGGUACCCCUGCGCCUGGUCUUGGCAGUGGCGUUUCCAUCACACGCGUGGGGCUUGAUUGACGUUCGUCUGAAACCAGCUUCGCGUCCGCUCCCACAAGGGCAAGUGGUCCGGUGGAGCUGGCGGGCGCCUGGCGAAGUCCAGUUCAACAUCACCACGAAGGAAAGACACCCGCUGGAUUUUUAUAUGAUUUCAGGACCACCAGGAGAGCUUCGCAUUCCACGGCCAUGGAUUCAUGAGGUCGAGCCUGCUUGUAAGCAGUGCUUGGACUUCCACUUGCACAAGCUACUGGGAAGGAACGAAACGAUGCUGAUUGUCAGCAACAAGGCGGGACGAUCGGACCUGCAGCUGGAAUUCCAGGAGGCUCUGUUCGGCGUUGAGAGCUGCAUGGAGGAGUGCUUCUUCAAGCCCACGGAAUUUGUGGCUGCUGCAUUGGCAGCAGCUUCGCUGUUGUGCUGCAGCUUCCUCCUCAGCAGACGGUUGGCCCGAGAUGAGCGUGAGGGCAGCCGAGACACGCCCUGGGACGAAGCCUGGGCGCCGCGACUGCUGCAGUGCAAGAGACCGCCAAAGCCUGCAGAGUCGUGGAGCGCGUGGAUUCUUCACGCCUGCAUCAUAACCUAUCCUUGGAACCCCUGGUGUAACGAUCCGCUGACUUUUGGCUUCCGCUGCCUGGUACUGGUCGUCAGCUGGGGUCUGACGCUGUUCGUGUCCACCCUUUAUGGCGACCUUUUUGGCGAAUGGGACAGCAGCGUCAGCACCUUGUCAUCGGCGUCGUCGUUGACCGAAGGGUCCAAAGCUGGAGAGACUCCCAGCAUGGAAGGUGUAAUGUUGAUCUCCAUCCUCUCAUUGGCCAUGGAGACUCUGCUGAGGAUCCUGGCCUUGAGCGUCUUCCGUUGCAGCCUGGCGGCCGCGCGUGUGCAGCAGAGACGCAGGAUGAAGGCGAGUGCGCUUUCUCUUGCUGCUGCUGUCGUGGCGGCCUGCGUUAUCUAUCCGCUGACCGAUGUUCUCUCGAAGCAUCGCUGCGGUUAUGUCCAGCACCUCUUCAUGCAGUUUUUGAUGUCAGAGGCUGUUCGUGGAUUGCCUUUGGCGGCAGCUGUGGCUUCCGCUCAGUAUGGCCUGCUCAAGGCGUGGUUUCUUCCCGUUCGAGGGCUUGCGGUGUCCUAUGCUGUCUUGAGACUGAGACCUGAGCAGUGCCUGAGACAGGUUUUUGGCCGCAGAGCACACCAACAUGAGCUGGCGUUGUCACAGCUCAGCUUAGAGACCUCCUGUCAGCUGUGGCUGGACAUGCGACAAAGCCAUGCGGUACCUGAAAUCCAAGAUGCCCUGAUGCAGCUCUUCAAAGAAGUGAAAGGGCGACUUGAGCAGACGGAGCUGCCGCAAGGGCCUGCAGUGCAAGGCAUCGUCACAGCCCGCGAAUUGGCAGAGGAAGCCAGCGAGCUUCAGCUGCCAAUUUUCUUCAUUGGUGACGUCGAAUCAGCCACACAGCCGACCAACACGGACGGCGUGGCUGUCCUUGGCCACGUGGUAUGUGCCAAGACGUCCAAGGUUGUUGGCGAAUUGUGGGAAGGCACCGUCGCACCCCCAGCUCAUGCUGGAAGGUGGCUGUUCGAUCUGGACUCUGACUGGCAAAGCUGGCCCGAACAGGGCCGUGGAGAACUCGAAAAGCUGCACGGGGAUUGGCUCGCAUCAGGAUCUCCAGAUGAGAGCUUUGAGCUGGUCUCGGGUCCGCACAGCUACUUGAUCAACUUUGUGCGGAUGACCCAGACCAAUACCCGGACGGGGAAGAUGAGGAAGUUGCGGCGAGAAGAGCAACAUCAACAUGUGCUUCAUCUUCAGGAAGCCCUGGAGGGAGGUUCGGCUGCAGCUGCCAGCAGCGCUUCCAUGAGUCCAUGA